AUGUCGCCUGUUGUUGGCCGCCGGAUUUUCAAACAAAUGACUGUUGCUUUAGGUGUUUGGAACCGCAUUGCAAAAAUGGGCCAUGGCUAUCAAGUGCUCGACGUUUCCAAGAACACCCCCAGCGCCUUCGACUUGGAGCGGAUGCUCCCAGAAAUCCAUUAUCCACCUCCUGUCGAGUGUCUGCUGUCUGUAGCGCCUUCUAACCGCAACUCCCGUUACUACAAGACCAAAGACACAUCAGCACAGUCGAUGCUACAGCGGCUUGAUAUCCCCUUCGAAUACGUGGACAAGACGAGCCGGCGUGAGCGAGUCGCAAGGAGUCCUGCACAUACUACGUACCACGUCAAGGUGGAUCAAAGGAUGGCCGAGUUCUACGGCGCAGAGAGAUCGAUCCCUGGAUUCCUGGAGCCUCGCCUCCAGCGCGGCGCUCUCAUGACCAACAAGUGCGAUUUCGCUGUCUACACCCUCAAGCCGCUUGUAUCCCAACUCGUGCGCCACAUCGAUCCCGGCACAACAGUGAAGUGGCUCACCACCAUACCCCAGCCACGAGUUGUAUUCCAGUUUCCCGGCAAUCAGGCGGCAUUGCACUCAGUGCUCCUCAUUACGACAGCGCUCGGAGAAAGAUACGUGCUGGAUCCCACUGGCGAGCAGUUCGGAAUCCCACAGACUCAUCUCUUCACUCCGUUCUGGUAUUACGAGAGCGAGUACAUUGCGGAGAGGGAGUACUGGUCGCCCGAUAGCCUUGAGCGCUCACACGUCCGUGUAUUAUACCCUCCGCUGAAGGAGCAGGCCUUCGAGGCCUACAUGGACUUGCCAGGCUUCAUCUUCUGGAAGGCGGCUCGCGAGCAGGCUGAGGAGACGGGGCGUUUGUGGACGGAGGAUGGAUACCGAUUCGACCUGCCGGAGGUGUCAGAGCAGAACUUGAGAAGGAGACUCGUUGGUGUCCAUCUCGAGAGGCCGUGGGCGCCGUUGUGGUGGGAAAGAUUGCGUACAUGGUGGGGUGGGAAGUAG